CUACCAAAUCUAAUUUAAUAAACCAGUUUACAAUAAAAUAAAAAAUAAUAGUGGGAAGGAAGGAAGGAGGAUUUGGAGAAAAGGAGUUUUGCGCGUUUCCGAGCUGUCAGCAAUUUGAAGGGAUCGUGUCUUUCUGUCAUCUAUCUGUUUGCAAUUUGAGUUGAGCUCACAAUCACAUCACACUCUCGUUCCAUUACCUGCUGCUGCUGCUUCUUCUUCUCUUCAUUUGCCAAAAUUAAAGAGGUUUUCAAUUUAACUUGGUGGUUACAAAAGAAGAUCUACUCUGUGUUGCUCAGACGAACUGAGCAACGAUGGCUAUGCCUUUCAAUCACCCACUCUCUCUCUCUUGUGCUAUUCUUCUCUUCAUGUCUCUCUCCGUUUCUGCCGUUUCUCUUUCUGACACAAUUUUCGAUUCUCAGGCGCAUACGGCUCGCCAUCUUCUUCAGGCUAAGAGAGGUUGUUCUGUGAAUUUCGAGUUCGCGAAUUACUCAAUAAUCACAAGCAAAUGCAAAGGACCCAAUUAUCCACCUAAAGAAUGUUGUGGGGCAUUCAAAGAAUUUGCAUGCCCUUACGCCGAUGUGUUGAAUGAUUUACAGAAUGAUUGCGCUUCAACCAUGUUCAGUUAUAUUAAUCUCUAUGGACAAUACCCUCCUGGCCUCUUUGCUAGUGAGUGCCGUGAAGGGAAGGAAGGUCUUGCCUGUCCUGCAUUGCCGCCAUCGGCAUCUUCUGAUGAUACAGCAAAUCAAGUUAUACAUAAGCCAUCUCUACUGCUGAUGAUCACAACCUGCUUUUUAAUUUUGUUACUCUGAUGUUUCAGUUGCUAAUUUUCAUUCAUUUUUUUUAUACCAACAUGAUUGUGCUAGAGCUCAAAACAUUAGCAUGCAAUCGGAUUAGUCUCCCCCUUUUCGGUUUUACAGUUCCAUGUAGUAAGCUCUGCUGUAUGCGAGUGUUGGUAACUAAUUGCAAGCUUGCUUGGGACUUGUAUAUUGUCUGAAAAGGAAUGUGCCUACUCAUAUCUUUUUAUUCGGGUUAUUUAUUUGUAACUAGGUAUUUUUUUUUUCCGCCGUGAAACAUUUGCAGUAGAAUAUGCAUGUGUGAAGACCAAAACCAAAUUGUUUGACAAGUUGUAUGUGAUUUGUGAACUACUACUCUUUGGAUUUUCCUAGAAGAUGUGCGCAGUGCGCAACAUACUUAACAUCUUAGGAAGAAAAACUGAAUUUUCUUU